GUCACCACAAGCAAUAGUUGAAAUCAACAGCGUGCGUUCAGCAGUACACUGUUGUUGAAGUUGGAAUCGAAGCAUCGGUUGAAGGUAAAAGAAACCAUUCAUUGUAAAAACUGACUAAUCUUGCAGUCUGAAGGGCACUAAUUUAUUUUUAAAAUGUUUGCAACGUUAACAUUCUUGUAUUUCUGCUUAUCUGAGCGAGACAUAAGCGAAAACAUGAAGGUAAAACAUAUCGUAAGAUUCUGCUUCUCUCUCAGUCUUGUUUAGUCUAGCUCAGAGGCGUUGCACCUAAACAAAUGCACUGAGUAUUUGCCUUGAAAACUGAAAGAUGUCCUCGGGCGGCGUAAGGGUAUAGUAUACUUAUUCUCUUGGAAGAAUGGUUAAAAUGGUGAGGAGAAAAAUCGAUCACCUGAUAAAAUAUUUACUUAAACUUUAUCUAGCUAAGUUCUUUUCUUGCAAUAACGAACAGUGCUCUAGGCAAAAUUUAGAUACUGCGAUCAAUUCUGGCUUUGACUGACGUAUGAAACAACAACUGGGCUCGUGAGUAGUUUGAUAUUGGUAGUCUCUUCAGUUCUGUCUCUAAGGACAAUAGGACUGCGCCAGCUUAGCUCGUUGUAAAUUUAUAUCGGCGCGCCGUACUGACGAUGCUACUGAAACUGCAUGAAGACCAAAUUCUUGAGUGGCGUUGUCAUUAGUAGUAAGGUUGCAGAAGCAGUGAUUCCAUCUUUUGGUGGUUUUGUUGUAUAAAACAGGGUGUAUCCACCACCGAAGGUAAACUUUAAAGAUUAGACGGCCACAAAACGGUUAAAUAUACACUAAUUCCAAUGAACUUUCCUACAAAUUAGAGUUUUUGUGUUAAAUUUUGCUUUUGCAGUAAAAGUAAACUGCAUAGAUCAAUAGAAGCAUUACUGUCAAAAUCCAUACAAAUAGGAAAAACAGAUCGAAGCCUCGGCAAGUAUUUUGGUUUAGAAACAUCCAGUUAAUGUUUUAACCUUAUGUCGUAGUAAAUAUAAUUACAUUUUUUAUGGCUCAAAAAUGAUCCCCAACGCCCUAAUAUAAAAAAAAAUUGCUAGAGGCUGGCUGCUCAAGCAGCCAGCAGCUAAAUAGUCAGUUUUAGGUAUUGAGUCAUAUUGUGAUGCAAAUAGUCCAGCUUAUAGUCCAGUGCUUGCGUAACUGACAUAAAAUAUGAAUGACUGUUUACAAAUCGAACACGCUCUGUAUUUAGUUUGGAAUUUCAUUAGCUAUAUGAAUCUGUUUAAAAUUGUUUCGAAAUCUCUCAUUUUUGGUUCGCAUCCGGCCGCGGGAAUAUUUGAGAACUGACAAACCAACCUUAAUAUUUUUGUAAGUGCUUCUCGUCACGAGCUGAAAUUUUUAGGUGGUUUGUUGCAUGUAUUAUUAAUAAUUAAUCGCUGUCCUGUCCAUCAAGUUUUCAAAUACUGCCUGAAGGAGAAUGUUGCCUGUACUUAUAUUUACAUCUUCAUGCAAACAGAAAAAAAAGUAAUUUUAAACAUAAAUGUCGUAUGUUUCCCUUUUGUUUUUAGGUGGCUUUCGGUUUAAAGAGAGCGAUACUACAUACAGGAGAAUAACAUCAAAGUCUGAUUGACUGUUGAAACUUCAAACAAGCAUAAAAACAAGACGGGACCGUUGGCAUUUCUGUGGAAUAUUCAAAGGAAAAGCAAUUGAAUUUUCGCACUUAGCAGCGGAAUUAAUUUCUAAAUUUAAAGCUGACUUGAAAUAGAUCUUCUCAAAAGAGUAGACAGGGAUAAUUCGCUUGGCGAAUGGAAGCCUACUUCUCCCUUUGAAGAAAUUGUGCAGCGCAAAGAGAUUAAAGUUAAAGUGCCAGCUUGGAAGCUGUAAGUACGAGCUCGUGGUUAUACAAGUUAAAAUUAGGAGGAUCAUUAUCUCUUCAAACUGUAAAUACACCUCAAUACAACGAUGGCAACUUUUAUUGGAGAUGCAUCAAAAGACGAAUUAAGCAAAUUAUCACCAGCGGUUAUUGCAGUUCAUGUAGGAUUAAAUGUAUUUCUUGCCAUAGUAGCAAUUUUGGGCAAUUCUCUGAUUCUCGUGGCUCUGAAGAAGGUGUCUUCCCUUCACCCUCCCACAAAGUUGUUAUUUCGAUACCUGGCAGUCUGCGAUCUACUUGUUGGCCUCAUUCUUCACCCACUCCAUGUUAUCGGCUUCAUUUUAGAUUAUCAGCUGAGGAUAAUUGGACACCACCUUGAUCAUGCGACGUACGUCUUAAGUUUUGUCUUGUGUGGAUUAUCAAUAUUCGUAUCAACUGCCAUAAGUUUGGACAGACUUCUCGCUCUGAAGCUUCGGCUGAGAUACAAAAAGGUUGUAACAUUAUCUCGAAUUCGGGCAGCCAUACUUAGCUUUCUUCUCCUUGUAGUUUCAAUAGGGUUAGUGUACGUUUUCGUGGAAAAAAUAUACGCCUUGAUUAUAACUCUAAUUUGCGUAGCAUUUUCCAUAAUUAUCUCAACUUUUUCUUACGUUACAAUCUUUCGUACAUUAAGGAAGCACCAAAGUAUUAUGCAGAGUCGCAUCUACCAAAAACAACCUAACGGAGGGGGGAAUCCGCUAAACAUAGCAAAAUACAAAAAGACAGUCUCUAGCAUUGCUUGGGUACAACUAGCAUUAAUUGCUUGCUACACUCCAUUUAUUGUAGGUAUUGUGGUUAUAAAGGUAAAUAAUUUGAUUGGAUUUUAUUCCGAAAUGUUUUGGACGUUUUCUGGGACUUUUGUGUACUUUAAUUCAUCCUUGAACCCAUUUCUUUACUGCUGGAAGUUAAGAGAAGUGAGACAAGCAGCGAGCGCCGCCAUCAGAAGAUACAUUUGUUGUAAAUCAAGUUAACCUUUUCACCUGCACGAGUCCCAUAAAAGAAAAAAAAAGGCUAAUUACCAUUCUUUUUUUAAACAUAGAGAUGCUUCACUAAAUGGUACUAUGCUAAGGUAUUGUACUAUAUGACUACUGGAUAGGAUUUGCUAUUAACCUGAACCUUUCACCGCCCCAUUCUUCCGAUCAGUUCUUCUCGCUGGGGCUUCGCGCAGGGCGGCUCGCGUUGGAGGCUCCACCCUUCAAUUUGCGCCAGACUCUCGCACGUAAGCCUACUUUCAGGCUCCUUUUCGCCCCAUGCAAAGGAAUCCGGAUUCCGGAAUCGAGAAAAGCUUUGCUUGUGGAAUCCGAAACCAGGGAAAGUUUUGCUUGGGGAAUUCGAGGAAUCCUGGGCUUUGGAGUUCGAAAUACAGCUCAUGGAAUUUGGAAUCCAGAAACCAAAUUCAACUGCAAAGAAUCCGGAAUCCACGGCGUGGAAUUUAGAUGUUUGGAUUCCCUACACGGGGCGAUAGGAUGAUCAACAGACUUCAAAGUUAGGACUCCCUUUUAAUUUACUCAAAAUAGUACCAUUUAAAAGCACUGUAAAGAGAAAUCAAAUUAAUUGGUACACCAAAGGAUCUUUGAUCACAUCUAUAAGGAUUCUUUCUGGACAACAAUUUUGAAAAGUGAGAAUUUUAACUGCAUAAAACUAAUUAAAGAUGGUAUACUGCAGCUUAUUAAUAACUCUUGUUUCAAUUGUCACACUAGAAUUUAAUUCAAAGCACCAAUAAUUAGAAACCUACUUUAAGUUUGCUUAAUAAAAUGCCUGACCAAGUAAAGGAAAACUACAUGGCAAAUAUGAGUAAUCAGUUGUGUUUGAAAUUGACGUGCAAAAAAGAAAAAAAACUGUG